AUGCGAGGAGAUAGUGUGUGCUUCGUCGGUGGUGGCUGCCAGUCGAAGUCGACAACCUUCCUAACGCUGCUGCCCCUGCCGCCGCCGGCGAGGCCGUCGAUGUUGCUGCCGAGACCGCCUCCGUUGAGGACCGCUGGUGUCAACUGCGGGAUACAAUCCAGUCGACAGCGCUAGACCUCCUCGGUCGCGCUCCCCGCCAAAUCCAGGACUGGUUCGACGACAACGACGCCGCCAUCAGCAAUCUGCUCGCCGAGAGGAACCGCCUACACAAAGCCUACGCAGAUCACCCCACUGCGGACAACAAAGCUGCUUUCUACCGCAGUCGCCGCCAACGUCAGCAACGACUUCGCGAGAUGCAGGACGCCUGGACUGCUCGCAAAGCUGAGGAGAUCCAAGGCUAUGCGGACAGCGACGAAUGGAAGAACUUCUUCUCUGCGAUCAAAGCUGUCUACGGUCCGCCGACGAAGGGCACUACUGCUCUCCUCAGCGCCGACGGGAGCACUCUCCUGACUGAGAAAACGCACAUUUUACAGCGAUGGGCCGAGCAUUUCCGAGGCGUCCUCAACCGCCCCUCCGCUAUCUCCGACGCCGCCAUCGACUGCCUGCUGCAAGUGGAGACCAACGUGGACCUCGACCUCCCGCCAUCUCUCCAGGAAAUCAUCAGGGCCGUGCAGCAGCUCUCCAGCGAAGAGCACCAGGAUCGGACGCAAUCCCUGCUGAGGUCUACAAGCACGAAGGUCCCCAACUGAUGGAUCACCUGACUGCGCUCUUCCAGGAGAUGUGGCGUCAAGGUGAAGUCCCGCAAGAUUUCAAGGACGCAACCAUCGUGCAUCUCUACAAGCGAAAAGGGAACCGCCAAAUCUGCGACAAUCACCGCAGCAUCUCCUUGCUGAACAUCGCCGGGAAGAUCUUCGCUCGCAUCCUUCUCAACCGCCUCAACAACCAUCUCGAACAUGGCCUACUGCCGGAGACCCAAUGCGGCUUCCGCCGACAUCGUGGGACCACGGAUAUGAUCUUCGCCGCCCGUCAACUUCAGGAGAAGUGUCAGGAGAUGCGGACCCACCUGUACUCUACCUUCGUGGACCUGACGAAAGCCUUCAACACGGUGAAUCGUGAAGGACUGUGA